AUGCCUAAGGAAAAGACCACCCGCAAGACUAAGCCCACCACCCGCAGAAAGAAGGACCCCAACGCGCCCAAGCGUGGUCUCUCUGCUUACAUGUUCUUCGCCAACGAGAACCGUGACAAGGUUCGCGAGGAGAACCCCGGCAUCACCUUCGGCCAGGUGGGUAAGAUGCUCGGAGAGAAGUGGAAGGCCCUGUCCGAAGACGACCGUCGCCCGUACGAGGAGAAGGCUGCAGCCGACAAGAAGCGAUACGAGGAUGAGAAAGCCAGCUACAACGCCGCUGGCGAUGAGGACGAAGAGUCGUCUUAA